AUGCCACGCCUAACAAGCCAUCAAAAAAAAUCAAGAAAGGCUUAUGAAGCAAAAGCAUAUAAGCUUAAUACUAAUGUAAAUAAUUUUGAAGCAGAAAGUUCUGAUGAUAUUGACAGUUUUUCUGCUUGUGACGAGGUAGUUGAUAAUAAUGAUGCUGUGAACAUCAUGAAGAGGCUUCAAGUAGUAACUAAAAAAUAUAGCCAUAAUGAUGAUAAAGUUGAGCUAGAAGAUUAUGAUAGUGAUGAUGGCCUUCCUGCUCAUAAUGAGCUAAUUGAGAAUGAUGAUGCCAAAAAUAUUGUAAAAAAACUUCAAGAUGCUGCAAAUAAAUAUUACCGGGAAUGUUAUUCUAACCAAACCCGUAGACUAUGUUAUUUAGGAAACUCAGUUCGCACUAAAAGAAGAAAAAAACAGCAACAACGUGAGGCAGCAAAAGGAACCUCUACAUUACAUACUUUCUGGGCCCAAAAAAAAUCUUCUGAAGAAACUAGUGAAGCAGAAUUGUAUAAUGAUUUGGAAGAAGUUGAUAAGAAUGAUAUUGGAGGAAUGUUGGAGAAUAAGAUUGAACCCCAUAAUUGGAAUAAAAAAAUCUCAACUGCCCUUGAAAACUUAACAUUAGAUAUCAAAAAAGAAAAUGUAAAAAGUGAAGUUUGGGUGCGUCUUAAUAGCAUCUGUUUUUAUCUCCAGCUUGUAAAAAGCAACCACCAAAAAAUAAAAGCAAGUAAAAUAAUUGCUGAUGCUGCGGGAAAAGGGGUAUACCAUGCUAAAUGCAUUCGUUCCUGGGCACAUGAUUAUGUUAUGACACGCCAGAUUCCCUACUCUCGCCGAGGACACCAUGCCAAAACAUGGAGCUUUCUCUGGGAUGAAGAUAUUCUUCUUCAAAUAAAAUCAUAUGUGAUCAUGUUACAAAUAAAUGAGAUCAUUUUACCAGGGCUAGGAUUUGCUCCUCCUUCAACCAUCUCUCUUAGUACUGCAAAAAAUUAUUUAAAAGAGCUUGGAUAUACAUAUGAAAGGCAUAGAAUGCCUAUAUUUUCAGGUGAUAAUAUGGAAGUAGAGACUUGGCCAGACAGCAAUAUAAAGCCACUUAUUCUUGUUACAUAUGAUAAAUGCAUUUUUUCGGCUUAUGAUGGAAGUCGAAGUCUUUGGAUUCCUUAUAGUGAACAACCUUUACAAAAAAAGGGGGAGGGUUAUUCAAUUCAUGUUAGCGAGUUCUUAACUGAUAUUUGUGGUCGACUUGUGCUUCCUGAUGAAAUGCAACCGUCAGAUAAGUUUCCUAGAGAAGCUUGUUGGAAGGCUGAGGAUUUGAUUAAUCAAGUAACUAACUAUGCCAUUCCCAUAUUUGAAGCAUGCUUUCCAGGCUGCCAAGCCUUGUUUGCAUUUGACAACGCAACAAGUCAUUCUGCUUUUUCACGUGAUGCACUUAUUGCUAACCAUAUGAACCUUGGCCCUGCUGGAAAACAAGAGAAAUUAUGCAGCAUAUCAUACUUUCGUAAGGGAAGAAAAUAUGACCAAAAUAUGGUCUUUCUAUCAGACUAUCAUAUCCCUGAAUUACGUGGUGAAGCUAAAGGAUUAAAAGAAGUUCUAAAGAAAAGAGGGUUGUGGCCAGAAGAAGGAUUAAGGUUAAAAGAAGCACGAGAAUUAAUAACCCAAAAAGGACAGUUGGAAGAAAUCAUCGUUGCGGCUGGGCAUCAAAUUAUUUUCUAUCCCAAAUUCCACUGCGAACUAAAUUACAUUGAGACCUUUUGGGCUCUUAAUUCUGUUCCACUCCCAACUAUUCGUCAAUAUGCAAGAAAAGCAUUUCACUAUAUGGACGCAUAUCGAAAAGGCUUAAAUGGUAAAGCAGCUGAAUUUGCUGUUAAAAAAUACCAUUCGCACCACCGAAUUCCUGAUUCAGUUUUAAAUUCAAUUGAUUUUGAUUAG